AUGUGGCCAUCAUUCCCGCUCCCGCUCCUGUUGCUCGGCUCCCUGACCGGGCUAACGGCGGCUGGCCCCCGCUGUAAGCCCGAUCAGGACACCAUCGGAGAAUGCCACAGUCCUCCAACUGCAGAAAAUGCCAAAUGUGUGGACCUCGAUCUUCUCUAUUGCAAUGACCUCUCCUACAACAAGACUUCCUACCCCAACCUGCUGGAUCAGAAGUCCCGAGAGGUGGUGGAGUUCAGCUCUGAGUACAUCCUCUUGAGUGUGAUUCACAAUUUGCUCCAAGGAGAAUGCAACCCGGACCUGCGGUUCCUGGGCUGCUCCAUCCUCGCUCCUCGAUGUGAUGGAAGCCGAAUCAUGAGGCCCUGUCGGCAUGUCUGCGAAAGCCUGAGGAAAAAUUGCCAACCUGCUUUUGAUGGGAUCGACAUGGCCUGGCCCUACUUUCUGGACUGCGAUCGCUUCUUUGUCAGCGAAGAGGAAGGAUGCUAUAACCCCUUAGAAAAGCUGAGAGGAAGCCUGGAUGAGAAUGAAGAGCCCACCUCCAACAUGCCCUCCACAUUCAUCCGGUUUGCUCACCACUCGUACCCACAGAUGGUGAGGGUGCUGAAGAAGACGGCUUCCCGAUGCUCUCACAUUGCCAAGACCUACAGCAUUGGUCGCAGCUUUGAUGGGAAGGAUCUUCUGGUGAUUGAGUUUUCCAGUCGACCGGGCCAACAUGAAUUACUUGAACCAGAAUUUAAGUACAUUGGCAACAUACAUGGAAAUGAAGUGACUGGGAAGGAGAUGCUCAUCUACCUUGCUCAGUAUCUGUGUUCAGAGUACCUGCUGGGCAAUCCACGAAUCCAGAGCCUGAUUAACACCACCCGGAUUCACCUGCUACCUUCCAUGAACCCUGAUGGCUACGAUGUGGCAGCAGCAGAGGGUGCAGGAUAUAAUGGAUGGACAAGUGGCCGGCAAAACUCUCAGCAACUGGACCUCAACCGCAAUUUCCCUGACCUGACUUCGGAAUAUUACCAACUAGCAAGUACCCGAGGAGUUCGAACUGACCAUAUUCCCAUUCCACAGUACUACUGGUGGGGUAAGGUGGCUCCAGAGACCAAGGCCAUCAUGAAGUGGAUGAGGACCAUCCCAUUUGUGCUGUCGGCCAGUCUCCAUGGGGGUGACUUGGUGGUUUCAUAUCCUUUUGAUUUCUCAAAGCAUCCCUUCGAAGAAAAAAUGUUCUCCCCCACACCUGAUGAGAAGAUGUUCAGGUUACUGUCCAGGGCCUAUGCCAAUGUUCACCCCAUGAUGAUGGACAAAUCACAGAAUAGAUGUGGCGGCAACUUUCUGAAUAGGGGCAGUAUUAUCAACGGUGCAGACUGGUAUAGCUUUACAGGAGGUAUGUCGGAUUUCAAUUAUCUUCACACCAACUGCUUUGAAAUCACUGUGGAGUUGGGCUGUGUGAAGUUUCCCCCAGAGGAAGCCCUCUACACACUCUGGCAGCACAAUAAAGAAUCACUCCUGAAUUUUAUGGAAAUGGUACACCGAGGAAUUAAAGGUACAGUAACGGAUAAAUUUGGAAAACCUAUCAAAAAUGCACGCAUCCUGGUCCGAGGAAUCCGCCAUGAUGUUACUACAGCUGCUGAUGGUGAUUACUGGAGGUUACUGCCUCCAGGCACUCAUAUUGUCAUCGCCCAAGCCCCAGGUUACACCAAAAUGAUCAAGAAAGUUACCAUCCCCCUUAGGAUGAAGAGGGCUGGCAGGGUAGACUUCAUCCUUCAUCCUUUAGAUCUGCAUCCCAAGAGGUUCAUGAAAGGGCCUCGGAGAAAUGGCUACAAGCGCCAUGACCCGCUAGAGGAUUUCGAUCCCCAUGCAGAAAACAAUGGAGACUUUGUAGGUGAAAGACGGAAACCUUCGCAGGAUGGAAGCAAGCCGUGGUGGUGGUCCUAUUUCACCUCUCUAAAUCAUCACAAACCUACCUGGCUCCUCAAAUAUAACUAGACUAAUCACCUCCCUUCUGUUGUUAAGCUCUUCUCAUGAAAUGAUCCUUUUACCAGCCUGCAUAGUGGGG